AUGAAAAGCAUUGUAAUAAUUAUUUUAAUCGCGGCAGCGUUUGCCAAAGAGGAUAAGAAAUAUGGACCAGUCAUCGGUAUAGAUCUGGGCACAACUUAUUCGUGUGUUGCCGUGUAUAAAAAUGGUCAUGUCCAAAUUAUACCCAAUGAACAGGGCAAUCGUAUCACCCCAUCUUAUGUGGCCUUCAACAACGGAGAUAGAUUAAUAGGCGAUGCUGCUAAGAACCAAGCUACUAACAAUCCUGAAAACACAGUUUUUGACGUUAAAAGACUCAUUGGCAGGGACUGGACUGAUCGUGGCUUAAAAGAAGAUAUGAAAUUCUUUCCAUUCAAAGUUAUAGAGAAGAAUAAUAAACCACAUGUGUCAAUUAACAUCGGUGAAGGUGAUAAAGUGUUUGCUCCUGAAGAGAUUUCCGCUAUGGUGUUAAAGAAGAUGAAAGACAUUGCUGAAGAGUAUCUUGGUACAAAUGUGACUGCUGCUGUAGUCACUGUGCCGGCUUACUUUAACGACGCUCAGCGACAGGCCACUAAAGACGCUGGCAAAAUCGCUGGCUUAAAUAUAUUAAGGAUCAUCAAUGAACCUACUGCAGCAGCUAUCGCAUACGGUCUCGACGUGAAAGAGGGAGAAAAAAAUGUUUUAGUUUUUGAUCUAGGAGGCGGAACCUUUGAUGUAUCACUACUUACUAUAGAUAAUGGAGUUUUUGAAGUAGUUUCUACAAAUGGAGAUACCCAUUUAGGAGGAGAGGACUUUGAUCAACGUGUUAUGGAGUAUUUUAUUAAGGUGUAUAAAAAGAAAGGGAAAGAUAUAAUGACAAAUAAUCGCGCAGUUCAGAAACUGAGGCGAGAAGUCGAGAAAGCAAAGCGCGCUCUUUCUUCCAAGCAACAAGUAAAAAUUGAGAUCGAGUCGUUCUUCCAAGGCGAGGAUUUCUCAGAAACCCUGACCAGAGCUAAGUUUGAGGAGCUAAAUAUGGAUUUAUUCAAAUCAACUUUAAAACCAGUAAUAAAAGUUUUAGAAGAUGCUGAAAUGAGCGUGAAUGAUAUUGACGAAAUCGUUCUUGUUGGUGGAUCGACCAGGAUUCCGAAAGUGCAGCAAUUAGUGAAAGAGUAUUUCAAUAAAGAACCUUCCAGAGGUGUGAAUCCCGAUGAAGCAGUAGCAUACGGUGCAGCAGUUCAAGCUAACAUAAUCAGCGGUGAAGAUAAUGAGGCAAUGGUGAUCUUAGACAUCAACCCUUUAACAUUAGGCAUCGAAACUUUAGGAGGUGUCAUGACUAAGCUUAUACCUCGAAACACCGUUAUACCUACAAAGAAAUCGCAAAUAUUUUCUACUACCAGCGAUAAUCAAAAAACUGUUACUAUAAGAAUCUACGAAGGAGAACGAUCUAUGACUAAAGAUAACAAUUUGCUUGGAAAGUUUGACUUAUCGGGCAUUACACCAGCUGCAAGAGGAGUGCCACAUAUAGAAGUUAUCUUUGAGUUGGACGUUAACGGUAUUUUACAUGUGUCAGCUGAGGAUAAAGGAACCGGAGUUAAAGAGAAGAUUAUCAUUACGAAUGAUCAGAACAGACUUCCUAGUGAUAUUGAGAGGAUGAUUAAAGAUGCCGAGAAGUUUUCUGAAGACGACAGAAAUGGAAAAGAAAAAGUCGAGGCGAGAAACGAGCUUGAAAGUUAUGUAUUUUCUUCAAGAAAUAUUAUACUAAAGCAUAAUAUGAGUGAAGUGGAUAAAAAACAAGUUGAGAAAGUAUUUGAUAAUGCCGUGACGUGGCUUCUUGAUAAUCAGGAAGCCGAAAAAGAGGAAUACAAGAAACAAAAAGAGGCACUGGAAGUUAUCAUACAGCCAAUAAUAGAUAAGUAUGAAGUUAAUAACGAAAAGGUUGAGUUGUAA